UGGGAUGCCUGAGGAGGAUGUAAACAACUGAAGAUAAACAGCAGUAGUUAUCGUCUAGGAUAUCCGCGACUUGACGCUUUCUGCACCAGUGAGGACGAGCAUGCAGUUACCUUGCUUGUGCUAACAAUAUAUGUAAGAAUGGCUUCCAGUGCCUCUCGUUCCGAGUUGGAUGAAGACAGGUGUUUUUUUGGGAAAAUCACUGGUGAUGAAGCAAAGGACAUAUUAUUAAAAGAGGGAGGAGAAGAAGGAACAUACCUCAUACGGGAGAGCUGCUCUUCUCAAGGAAACUACGUUCUCUCCUUCAUUACUGAAGGACAUCCAAUACACAUUCUAAUUCAAAAAUACAGAGAAGGUGCAUUUUUUUCUCUUGUGGUUGCAGAUGAAUCCCCAGCACAGGUAUUCCAUGGACUGGAUAGCCUGGUAAACCACUUUUCUCAGAAUCCAGUUGGAGCUUCAGCCACCAUUCUCUGUCACCCGUGCCUUGGAGAACAGCUUCCAGCUGAGGUUAGGCUUCAUGGUUCAUCCAGUCUUCUUCAUAGGUCAACCAGUCAAGGUAACAUAAUUGUUGUGUCGGAGCUACUAAAGUCAGGGUACAAAAAAAUUGAUGACAAAAAUAACAAUGGUCAGACUGCUCUACAUAUAGCAAGUAUGAAGGGAUAUGAAGAAAUUACGAAGAUGCUUCUGCAGUCAAUGGCCUCUGUUGAAGUUCGUGAUGAAGAAGGUGUAACGCCCUUACAUCUUGCUUCUAGAUACAAUAAUCCUGCUAUAGUGCGACUUCUUGUAGAGAUGAGCCAAGCAGAUAUUCAAGCCAGGGCCACGAAUACAGGUGCUGUUGCCUUGCAUGAAGCUGCUGAACACGGCAGUGUUGAGUGUAUAAAGGUGCUGCUGGCUCUUGGUGCUCCAUCAUGCCCUCGUAAUGCUAAUAUGGAAACUCCAGUUGACCUUGCCAAGAAAAUGGGUCAAAAAGAAUGCUACAGUCUAUUAGUGCAUCACCGUGCCCCUGUUGCUCGAUAUCAGUUAAAGAACUAUUACCAUGGAAGUAUUGAUCGUUAUUUGGCCCAGGACCGUAUUCUCAGUUCUCCAAAUGCUACAUCUGGACAUUUCCUGUUACGUCAGAGCACCAGGAAGCAUGAUGUUUUUGUAUUGACUCUUUUGUUUAGAGAGCAGGUGUACAAUUUUGAAGUUUCUGGUGAGGAUUGGUUUUGCAUUGAUGAUGGUCCAUGCUUUGCUUCAUUAGAGUCAAUGAUAGACCAUUACGUGCGCUUCAUGGAUGGUCUUCCUUGUCGUCUUGUGACUCCUGUCUUGUCUCCUCAGUCACUGCCAGAUGAAGACAUCCAAAUAGCACUGCUACAUCCUACUCUGUCUAACUCUAAGGAAGUUGUGUAUUGUGAAGGUAGUGAUGGAAAUCCUAGUUGUGAUGAGCAACAACCUUUGCUUUCUGCAGUUAGUCAAGAAGAUCUGAAGAUCCGUCCAUCACACACAUUGGACACACCUACUGUACAAAAUCCUGACAUUGUUAUCACACAAUCUGUGUCUCGGCAAUCAAGAGAUUUAAUUGAUCUGUAUAGUUCCCAACAAAAUUUAGAAGAGUCUCUUAGCAAUUCCAGCAAUCUUCAGGCAAAAGUUCCAUCAAGGGAUUCCCUCAAAUUAGAUUUGCAGAGUCUGACUAUCAGUAGCAGCUCAACAGAUACCACAAAUGUCAGCGGCAGCAGCCCAACAAUGGAUGGGAACCGGACAGAUGAAGUAUUUGGUGAAAUUGAUAUCAAUCAUCUUAGUAUUGGACCAUGUCUGGGGAAUGGUGAAUUUGGAUCAGUAUUGAAAGGCAUCUGGCUUAGUCCUUCUGGAGACAAGAUUGAUGUAGCUGUUAAAACACUUCACAAUGAUGAUAAAGUCAAUAAGAAGAAUUUCCUCAAAGAAGCAGAAGUGAUGAUGAAUCUCAACCACUUGUAUAUUGUUAAGCUGGUUGGUGUGUGUCACGGUCCACCAGUAGCUAUGGUCAUCCUUAACUUUGGCUAAAAUCAGUGACUUUGGCCUCUCUCGAGCCCUAGGAUUUGACAAAGACUACUACACUGCCAGUGAUGGAGGAAAAUGGCCACUAAAAUGGUAUGCUCCAGAAUCUAUAUAUUAUGGAACAUUUACUCACAGUAGUGAUGUAUGGAGUUACGGUGUAACACUGUGGGAGAUGUACACAUUUGGUGAUCAGCCAUAUGGAGAUCUUCCAGGCCAUAAAGUUGUUGAACUCCUUGACAAGAACGAAAGACUUCCCAAGCCAGAGAAAUGUCCUAAGGGGGUGUUUGACCUAAUGCUUCGGUGCUGGAGUUAUAAGGCACCAAAGAGACCAGCUUUUAGAGAGCUAGCAGCCAUUUUCAGAACUAAACCAGAGUAUAUAAAUAUUAAACCAUAUUUCAAAUGAUAUUAUCAAUAUAAGUUUGUGUUCCAUAUUUUGAAAGGGAUUACUUGCCAUUAUUUUGUAUGCAAUGAAUAUCUACAGAAUUUAUUUUGCAAACAAAAUAUCUUGGGUUAUUGUGAUUUUCUGAGGGGAGCCCUGUUGGAUUCCUGAAGCCAUCAAACUAACAUGUGCCAUAUUAGUUUGGUGCCAUCAGUCUUUUGGAGUUCGAGUGCCUACUGGGGCCACGAGCCAGAACCUGACCCACUCAGGGAGGCCCACUCAUAUGAGCUCUCUAUAUUUAGAGUUUGUCAUGUUUGCCAUCAACCAGGGAUACCACCUGAAAUGUAAACGAACCAUUACAAAUCUCUAUCUGCUAGAAAUUGCAAUCUAUGUCCGAAGAGAAUCAAUGAACUUCCCCAAUAGAAAACAGUGAAACAAGCAACAGAUCAUCCAACUAGCGUGCCCACUUGUUAGCGCCUCACCCUCUCCCGACAGGGAAAAAAGGGACCUAGCUCAGGUGAGACUGCCGCACCACCCUCAGUUCAUAGACUGAUGUGCUGGUGUUCACAUGUCCUCUCUGACCUCAAUUUGGCCUCAAUUUUUGUCUGGCUUUGCAUUUGUGACUUUGUCAACUGUGUUGUGACCAGGUGUUCCUACAAGUAUUCUGAGCUGCAUGUGCCUAGGAUUCCCUUCCCUAGGUGCCUGGUAAGUACUUCCCUUGUGGGUCAGAGUUCUCUUCCCUGGGUCGUUCGAGUCUCACUCUCAUUUGAGGACUUCAUCACUUGGUGUUGUUCUCGCCCUUGGGGUUUGCUGGGGGUUUUGGGCUUCUUAUCUUGCCCCGGGUAGGGAGUGGAUUUGUGCUGGGUGCGGGGGGUGGGUGCACUGCAGCCGGCUCAGCUUGCAUUCAGCGGCGGCCAAGGAUUCUCCUUAGGGACUGGUUAGUCUGUGUGUUGCUUUGGGGUACUUUUUGUUUCUUUAUUUUUUAGUGCAUUCUCGCUUCCUCAGCAGAGGAGGUCUGCCUAGUUUCCCAUUACGCUAGCCUAGGUUGUGUUUGGUAGUCAUUAUCUUUUGUUCCGAGGUUUCUCAGCGACGCCGGUUGUCAGUUUGCCAGCAGUAGACAGGGGUUACUGGCUUAGCUGGCUCCAGUGCCUGGGCUUCCUGUAGAGCUAACAUACCCCUACAGGCCCUGGAAAUCCCUAUAGGGCUCGGGGGUACCAUGGACGUGUCUUCCGAGCCCUGUCUCGCCUUGUGUGAUACCGAGGGGUGUUCAUUGACUUUGCCUCCUGGUGACGAUCAUACAUCCUACCUCUGUCAUGUUGCCUGUUGGGUCGGAGACACCUUCAACCCUGAAUCUUGUAGGACAUGUCUUGGGUCAAUAUUCGGGUGCGAGUGUUUUGGAAAUCGAACAGGGUCCUGACCGCCUGAUCUUCUAAACAUUCUGGGGCCCUGUGCAGCCUUAUGUUGCAUUGGGACGUUUUUUGCGGCCAGUUGUUUCAUCUUCAUUGUGAGCCCUGCGGUGCUGCUGCCUCCUGGGUAUCUUGAGGUUAUCUUGAGAUGGUUUCAAGGCUUAGCCUUCCCGUGGCUAAGGGGAGGCUAAGGCCUCCUUUUUUGUUACAAAGGCUUUCGACAGAGUUCCACACAAGAGGUUGUUCUGGAAACUGGAACAUAUUGGAGGGGAAACAGGUAAGCUUCUAACAUGGAUGAAAAAUUUCCUGGCU